UUUAUUUUAUUUUUUGUUUCAUGUGUGUUUUAAUGUUUCCGAAGCGAAGCGAGGGCGGGUCGCUAUAUUCUCAUAAAAUGCUCAAAAUUUCUACAUUCCUCACUUUACGAUGAUGAUGUUUGAUGACAAAUUUGAGAAAUCUUUUAUGGGUAGCACUUUAUUUUUAUUGGGAACUUAUAAUGAAACCAACAAUUAACUUCUCUUUGGUAUCCAAUGUUUACGUAAUCUCAUUUCGAAGAAGGUAUAAAAAGAAUUACACAACUGCACUACAGUGAUUUAAUAAUGGAUUGAACCGAUUUCUGUUUCGGCAUUUAAGAUUGCGUUUUACACGUAUUACUUAUUACAUGAUUAAUCAUCUUGCUCUCCUGUCUCAUUUAACGUACCUUAAUACUACAAAUCAAUAACGUUGUCAAGUAUACAACAAUGACCAAAACAAAUGGCGUUUCAAAAUAAAUUAGAAUGUAGACGUCAUGCUAGAAGGCAAGUCAGGUCGUGAACGGUGGUACUCGCUCGUUUAGAACCGACAUUCAGCUUGGAUAAUGUGUCUUCCUUCCCAUUGCGUCACGCGGUAAGGACAAACUGCUUAAGUCAUGGCGUCACGAACUUUCAGGACUACUGCGUGAACGUCAUUGUUUUGUAGCCAAAUAUUUUUUGUUACGUAAGCAAUUCAUACGUAUGUAUAGUUCUGAAUGUACGUCACAUAUGCAAGUAAUCGUAUCUGAUAUUUUUUAUUGAUAAAGUUAGGAUGCUUCUAGUGCGAGCAUCGAAAAUUUGUACAUUAUUAGUAUUAAUUAUUUAAGGAGGCACCAGUAAAUAAUCUUGCCGUGAAUCGUGUGUGCAUAUUACUGUUAAGGCUGACAAAAUGAGGUAAACUUACCAUUUACUGGUUGUUUACUUAUUUAUUGGCUGAUUGCCUAAUUUAUGUAAACCAUUUCGGAUAUUCUCUCUGUUUUUAGGAAGUAUUGUUUGAGUACCCUAGUAAGAAAUGUUCAGGGUCAAUGAACAAAAAACAAAAUUAUUACACAUUGAUGGAAAAUAAAUUGCAAGUAUUUGAUGCUUAGCUUAAAAGCGGAGUAUUUUCGAUCAUGUCAGCAUAUUAGAACAAAAAUGUUGUCUUGUAUUUGUUACAAAAAUAGUCUUUUGUUUUUUAAAAAUAAUUAAGUAUUUUGCCGGUUCUUUACGGUGCAUUUUAUUGUUUUUCAAAUCGAUUAAAACAAUAGUAUUAAUUAAAGGGAUUUGCGUAAAACAUAUUUCAUUCAUAUAUCCAACAACAACAGAUUCAAUAACUUCGAUUUAUCAUCAACUAUUGAUCGAAUAUAUAAUAUUGAACUUCAUUAACUUAACAUACACGACUCGUUCUCUAGAUUGCUGAUCAACUAAUGCAUUUUAUGUAGCGUGGAAAAUGUAAGCAUUAGGAAAACUGAGAAGCGCGGGUGGGUGCGCGGGUUGCGGUUAAGCCUACGUCACAAGAAAGUCGAGGUCUCUAUAAAAGCGGUCGCCGUCCCUCCCAUUGAUAUCACUCGCAAGCCAGCAGUUGUUAACGUUCGCUCGUUUGCUCGUUACUACGCGCUCUACUCGCUCAAUUGUUAAUAUCAUUCGUGAUCGCACCUUGUUCGCGCGCACUCGUACGAUAUGACCGUCACUAGCAAGAUGAACAGUGUUUCCCGUCAAUCAAUGCUGAGCCGUCUCGGCCCCGGCGGAUUACUCUACGCAGCAAAUAAAAUUUUAGCGGUUGCUGUGCCUUCUAAAGAGGAAGACCGCUGGCAUACCAAAGAUGGUACCCUAUUCAAGCGUUGGCGUCGCACCACGCCGCCCGUGGAACCCGUUCCCACGCCAACUCCUACGGCACCUCCUGCACAGCCUUCGGAACUGUUGAAGUUCUUAGCUAUUAACGCUUUGGAACUAUCGGCGCCAGCUUCAGAUGCGUUACUGAAAUCUCGUUCGUCAGAGUGGUUCCAGCUAGCAGGCCAUCCUGGAUCAUUAGCUCCCGCUGGACCCGGUACAGUGUGGAAACGUCGUGCUGCGGGCGACCACCCCGGCCACAACCCUGAACGAGAUGCUUACGAAGCCCUUGCAGCUUGUCCUCAUAUGCGUGGCGUUAUUCCUCGCUACUAUCGUGAAUUGGAAUACGACGGUGAACGUUUCAUUGAACUUCAAGAUCUUCUUCACGGCUUUCGCAAUCCUCAUGUCAUGGACAUUAAAAUGGGAACCCGGACAUUCCUAGAAGAUGAAGUCAGCAAUGCCCAUGCACGUGCCGAUCUUUAUGAGAAGAUGGUCCGUCUAGACCCUAACGCACCCACGGAGUCUGAACAUGCCGCCCGAGCUGUCACUAAGCUCCGCUAUAUGCAGUUUCGUGAACAACGUUCAUCUUCUGCCGAGCAAGGUUUUCGUAUUGAAGCAGUCAAGUUACCCGGCGAACCUGCCUUGACCGACCUACAGAAAAUUCGCGAACCCCACCAAUUGGCCGCUACAGUGGCACGUUUCCUUGGGAAUGAUGAACGAGCACGAAGGGAGAUUGCCUCGCGUCUUAGAGAGAUCAGAGAUCAUUUUGAACGUUCGGAUUUCUUUAAAAGCCACGAAAUUGUUGGCAGCAGCAUCUUCAUCAUUUACGAUGAUGAACGAGUUGGAGCUUGGCUCAUAGAUUUCGCAAAAACAAGGAAAAUCCCGACAGGCUCGCAAGUCAAUCAUCGUGCACCGUGGCAACAAGGCAAUCAUGAGGAAGGCUUCUUGUUUGGGUUAGAUAGAUUGAUACAAACUAUAGAAACGGCAAAACUGUCUCCUCAAGGCGAUGAAGUUGUGGAAGAACCAGAUGUAUCACGUUGAACAAUAAAGGCGAGAAGACCCUGGUCUCGCCCCACGGUCGUUGUCACCGUCCACUGGCUGUCACGCCCUGUACCGUUCUUGGUGCGUCCGAGAAAACGCUUGGAGUUGUACUUCUUGUAAAUGUGCAUAAUAAAGAGAAAAGCGAUAAAACGCCUAAUGUUUGAUCUAGUCUUUAAUUUUAUAUUAUUUUAGUAAGAGAAUAAAUUGUAUCCUGAUUUUUA